UGUCAUUCAACCAGUUUAGCACAACCAAGCGGGGAAACAACUAGUAAACGAUCCACCAAAUUCCGUACAUUUUCGCAGACGAGAUGAAGCUCCUCGUUACAUUGGGGAUUUUCCUAGCCGCCCAAUUUCACCCGCUCCCGGGAUGUCAGGCAGUCGCCAUGCCUAACGUGAAGGUGGAAGACUUCAUCGCAGAAUUAAACACGACCCUGGUUAAUGCUGCCACAAAGGCGGUCAAGGAGGUGACCUCUGCCGCAGAAAGUUUCGAUUUUUUGUUUCGUUUGUCCACCUAUUCCUCCGCCAAACUCGUCCACAAAUUGCUCGCAGCCGUGCAGGAAGACGCGAAGAAGAGACAUGGCUCCUUGUCGGACAGCUAUAACGCCAUGAUGCAAAAUUUGACCAAGUUCGUAACAAUCGUAUGUAUUUACCUGCUCACCUUCAUUCAUUUGGGUGAUCAUGAUAUUGCAUGAAACUGAACAACAAUGAAUUUCCUGUCGUUUGAAUUAUAAUAAAUGAACCAUCUUGUCAUUUCAAA